GAAAACACUUGUCCGGAAAAAAAGAUAUUGAGUAGGGGAGUAAAAAGGGUUGUCCGGCAAAGGGUCCCACUCCCGCUCCCGCGUAGUCACUAGUCAGGUCAGUUCUAAGGCUUUUAUAUAAUACUAAUAAUACACAGUCUCCUCCAGUCCACACUCUCAUCACUUACGACGCGCGUUAUGCUGCCAAUUUGUGCAAUCUCUGAGGAGACGAGACGAGACGGAAACAAAGCAUAGUUGAAAGCCGGCCGACGCCCCCAACUCCCAUCCCCCAUUUAAUUGCAAUCAUCUGAUGUGAUGGAGUCUUGUCAAUUCCUACUUUGACCACUUCAGUAGUAUAUGUUUCAGGAUCAAAUUAUACAUUUCUAGUUGCACUCCUUCAGAUGGCAUCCAAAUCAUUUAACGCCACCAGAUCAAAUCUCUCAACAGAAUCUGAUGUCCUGGAUUCCCAGAAUGGCAAGCCACCACUCCCUCUCCCUCCACAAACACAUGUCACAUUUGCUCGUCGCACUUCAUCUGGCCGAUAUGUCAGCUACUCCAGGGAUGAUCUUGAUAGCGAACUUGGUAGUGCUGAUUUUCUCAACUAUACAGUUCACAUCCCACCCACCCCCGACAACCAGCCUAGUAAUCCUGUUACCCACAAGGUUGAAGAGCAGUACGUCUCUAGUUCGCUCUUCACUGGCGGAUUUAACAGCAUUACUCGAGCUCAUUUGAUGGAUAAGGUCAUUGAUUCUGACACCAACCAUCCCCAAAUGGCCGGUGCCAAAGGAUCUUCUUGUGCUGUUAAUGGCUGCGACGGCAAGGUGAUGAGUGAUGAAAGGGGAAAUGACAUCCUUCCAUGUGAGUGUGAUUUCAAGAUAUGCAGGGAUUGUUACAUAGAUGUGCUGAAAACAGGAGAUGGGAUUUGUCCCGGGUGCAAGGAACAGUACAAAACUACUGAUCUGGAUGAGGCCAUGGAAAAUUGGCAAUCACUGCCACAGCUUCCACCACCAUCUGGAAUGUCAAAGGUGGAGAGGAGGUUGUCAUUAAUGAAAUCAACUAAGUCAAUCCUGAUGAGGAGCCAGACAGCAGAUUUUGAUCAUAAUCGCUGGCUUUUUGAAACUAAGGGCACCUAUGGGUAUGGCAAUGCUUUAUGGCCAAAGGAGGGAGGCUUUGAUAAUGGGAAGGAUGAACACAUUGUUGAGCCAUCUGACUUGGUGACCAGACCAUGGAGACCUCUCACUCGCAAAUUAAAGAUUCCAGCCGCCAUCAUCAGCCCAUACCGGCUUCUAAUUGUACUGCGAAUGGUUGUACUUGGCUUUUUCUUGACAUGGAGAAUCCGCAAUCCCAACACUGAUGCUGUCUGGCUGUGGGGAAUGUCUGUAGUUUGUGAAAUAUGGUUCACCUUUUCUUGGAUUCUUGAUCAACUUCCAAAGCUCUGCCCUGUAAAUCGGGCUACUGAUCUUAAUGUCUUGAAAGAGAAAUUCGAAACACCUACUCCAACCAAUCCUACCGGGAAGUCAGAUCUCCCUGGUAUAGAUGUCUUUGUCUCUACUGCAGAUCCAGAGAAGGAGCCGCCUCUGGUCACGGCUAACACCAUACUUUCUAUACUAGCAGCUGAUUAUCCAGUAGAAAAGCUCGCUUGCUAUGUUUCUGAUGAUGGAGGGGCACUUCUGACCUUUGAGGCCAUGGCAGAGGCUGCAAGUUUUGCAAAUAUAUGGGUCCCAUUUUGUCGUAAACAUAACAUUGAACCUAGAAAUCCAGAAACUUAUUUCAAUUUGAAGAAAGAUCCUUACAAGAACAAGGUUCUUAGUGACUUUGUCAAAGACCGCAGACGAGUAAAGCGUGAGUAUGAUGAAUUUAAGGUUCGGAUCAAUGGCCUGCCAGACUCCAUUCGCCGAAGAUCUGAUGCCUAUCAUGCCAGAGAAGAACUUAAGGCCAUGAAGGAACAGAGACAGAAGAAAGAAGAUGAACCUGUAGAGGUUAUCAAGAUAAAGAAAGCUACCUGGAUGGCGGAUGGCACCCAUUGGCCAGGAACUUGGUUGAGUCCUGCACCUGACCACUCAAAAGGUGAUCAUGCCGGAAUAAUACAGGUGAUGCUGAAGCCUCCUAGUGAUGAACCACUUUGUGGCACAUCUGAUGAUUCUAGGGUGAUAGACUUCACUGAUGUUGAUAUUCGUCUACCAAUGCUUGUUUAUGUUUCUCGUGAAAAGCGCCCUGGCUAUGAUCAUAAUAAGAAAGCAGGUGCCAUGAAUGCUCUAGUUCGAGCUUCUGCAAUCAUGUCUAAUGGUGCCUUCAUUCUCAACCUUGACUGCGACCACUAUAUCUAUAACUCCCAAGCCAUGAGGGAAGGAAUGUGUUUCAUGAUGGACAGAGGUGGUGACCGAAUCUGCUAUGUUCAGUUUCCACAGAGAUUUGAAGGCAUUGACCCAUCUGAUCGGUAUGCCAAUAGAAAUACUGUCUUCUUUGAUGGCAACAUGCGAGCUCUAGAUGGGCUGCAGGGUCCAGUUUAUGUCGGAACUGGAUGUCUCUUCAGGCGGGUCGCGCUUUAUGGGUUCGACCCACCUCGGUCCAAAGAACACAGUGCUGACUUCUGUAGCUGCUGCUUUGGCCAACGGAGAAAGCAUGCUACACUUGCUAAUACCUCAGAAGAGAAUAGGGCCCUGAGAAUGGGUGAUUCUGAUGAUGAAGAAAUGAACCUGUCGCUUGCUCCAAAAAUGUUUGGCAAUUCAAAUCUACUUAUUGAUUCCAUUCCAGUGGCAGAGUUUCAAGGUCGCCCUCUGGCUGACCAUCCAUCAGUGAAGAAUGGACGACCUCCUGGUGCCCUUACCAUACCCCGUGACCUUCUUGAUGCAUCGACUGUUGCAGAAGCAAUCAGUGUCAUUUCCUGUUGGUAUGAGGACAAGACUGAAUGGGGCCAAUGUGUCGGAUGGAUUUACGGGUCUGUCACAGAGGAUGUCGUUACUGGAUAUAGAAUGCACAACAGGGGAUGGAGAUCAGUUUACUGUGUGACAAAACGUGAUGCCUUCCGAGGGACUGCCCCUAUCAAUCUCACAGAUAGGCUCCAUCAGGUUCUUCGUUGGGCAACUGGUUCCGUUGAAAUAUUCUUCUCCCGGAACAAUGCCUUUUUAGCAAGCUCAAGAAUGAAAGUCUUGCAGAGGAUUGCGUACCUCAAUGUUGGAAUAUAUCCCUUUACCUCGGUUUUCUUGAUUGUUUACUGCUUUCUUCCAGCACUCUCUCUCUUCUCUGGCCAGUUUAUUGUUCAAACCCUCAAUGUUACUUUCUUAGUGUACCUCCUGAUUAUUACAAUAACACUCUGCACUCUUGCUGUGCUCGAGGUCAAGUGGUCAGGAAUUGAGCUGGAGGAGUGGUGGAGGAAUGAACAAUUCUGGUUAAUUGGGGGGACUAGUGCCCACUUGGCUGCUGUGUUUCAAGGGCUGCUGAAAGUCGUCGCUGGAGUUGAAAUUUCCUUCACCCUGACAUCAAAAUCUGCAGGGGAUGAUGAUGAUGAUGAGUUUGCUGAUCUCUACAUUGUCAAAUGGACAUCCCUCAUGAUUCCUCCACUUGUGAUUAUGAUGGUCAAUUUGAUUGCAAUAGCAGUCGGGAUUAGCCGGACAAUAUACAGUGUUAUACCACAGUGGAGCCGUCUACUGGGUGGAGUUUUCUUCAGCUUUUGGGUUUUAGCACAUCUCUAUCCCUUUGCAAAAGGGCUUAUGGGAAGAAGAGGGAGGACACCUACUAUUGUCUUCGUAUGGUCAGGGCUAAUUGCAAUCAUCAUAUCCCUCCUAUGGGUGGCAAUAAACCCACCGGCAGGAAGCAACCAGAUAGGUGGCUCAUUUCAGUUUCCGUGAUCAAGGACAAAGUGUUUUUCAUUUCAUAUACACCAUACAUGAGUGGGAUUCUUUUCUUCAGAGUCCUUAUUGACUUGGCAGAUGAAGGUGGUUGGUCAUUUCUUGUCAAUUGAAAUAGAAGAGAAAAAGUUAGUUCUUUACCAACCAGAUGAUGUUGGCAACAUAUACACGAGGGUCACUGAUUUACUGAGUAGUUGUAGGUUAAACCUGCAACCUUACACAAACUGCCAUGUUGAUAGCAUUUAUUAUUUGAUUGUUGGUGUUUCAAGGGUGAACAAUUUUGCCCAAGGAUCACCCUCUUUAUGCAAGCCCCAAUUAUUGUUGAUGGAUUUACGUUUGCAUUCCUCUCAUCUUUCCUUGAAAAGAAAGCUGAGCAACAAUUUACAAGCU